UUUAUGUCUCACAGAUCCUUUGUUCCUCAUUCUUCCUCCAUAGCUUUUCAGCUUCAUUCUCAUCUCCUUGUUUCCAGUGAUUUGAAACCCAGUUGGUUUUCUUAGUUUUCUAACUUCGUUCUUUCCUUUAGAUUAUUAGUUUUGCUAGGAUUUUUGUUUGAUUCGUUGAAAUGGGUGCCAAAGGAUUCGUUGAAGGUGGGAUUGCUUCCAUUGUUGCAGGCUGUUCUACUCAUCCUUUAGAUCUCAUUAAGGUUCGUAUGCAAUUACAGGGUGAAUCGGCUCCUGUUGCUAACCCUAACCCUAACCCUGCUCUUCGCCCUGCUUUUGCUUAUAAUGGCGGUGGCGCCACCACUGUUGCGAUGCCUCAUCCGCCGCCUCCCGCGGUGGUUAGAUCUGGACCCGUUUCUGUGGGUGUGAAGAUUUUUCAAACGGAAGGUGUUGCCGCGUUGUUUUCCGGCAUCUCGGCGACGGUUCUCCGUCAGACAUUGUAUUCAACCACCAGAAUGGGAUUGUAUGAGAUCUUUAGGGAGAAAUGGACAGAUCGGAAUACAGGUAAGUUUUCUCUAACUAGAAAAAUCACUGCCGGAUUGUUGGCCGGUGGGAUCGGCGCUGCCGUUGGGAAUCCCGCCGAUGUUGCAAUGGUUAGAAUGCAAGCCGACGGGAGGCUUCCGGUGGCUCAACGGCGCAACUACAAAGGUGUCGCCGACGCCAUCGCGAGGAUGGUGAAACAGGAGGGAGUUACGAGCCUCUGGCGGGGAUCAUCGCUGACGGUUAAUCGUGCGAUGAUCGUCACGGCGUCGCAGCUGGCGUCCUAUGACCAGAUCAAGGAGACGAUUUUGAAAAAUGGAGUAAUGGCGGACGGAUUAGGAACGCAUGUGACGGCGAGUUUUGCAGCGGGAUUUGUGGCGGCGGUGGCAUCGAAUCCGGUGGAUGUGAUUAAGACGCGGGUAAUGAACAUGAGGGUGGAGGAAGGGGUGGCGCCGCCGUAUAAAGGGGCGGUGGAUUGUGCCGUGAAAACGGUUAGGGCGGAGGGGCCGAUGGCGCUUUAUAAGGGUUUCAUACCGACGAUCUCACGGCAGGGGCCGUUCACGGUGGUGCUUUUUGUGACACUUGAACAAGUUCGCAAGAUUCUUAAGGAUUUUUAAUUUUAUAGAAAUUUCAUUUAAUUUGAUUUUUGGAAAAUAUAUAAUUCCAAAAAGUAAUAUUAAAAUGAAAUUAAAUGCAUGAU